AGCUUAGUCGAGGUUAACGAUUGGCUGCAGAGACAACCAUGGUGGUGCUAAAGAUCGUCUUACCUGUCCUCGCCGCUGUCCUCGCUUUCUAUGCCUAUACCUGGGAAAGCUUCUCUGAAGAAAUGGUGCGAGGGAAACGGGUCCUGGUGACGGGGUCAAGCACAGGGAUAGGGGAACAAAUGGCCUACGAGUUCGCGUGGAUGGGGGCCCAUUUGAUGCUGACAGCGAGGAACGAGACAAGCCUCCAGAAGGUAGUCCAGAAUUGUCUUAAACUGGGAGCAGCCUCUGCUUCGUACGUCGUUUCAGAUAUGAAUGACUUGGCUUCUGCCCGGAAUGUUGUGGAAGAAACCAAGAACGUCUUGGGAGGGCUUGAUCUGCUGGUUCUGAAUCAUUACGGUGGAAAAAGCGGUUUUGGCCCAUACCAAGGAGACAUGGAAUCUGUCAUCAGCUCCAUGACGGUCAACUUCUUCAGCUACGUCCAGGUCACCGUGUCGGCCCUAAGCAUGUUGCAAGAGUCCCGUGGCAACAUCAUCGUGGUAUCGUCCAUGAAUGGCCGCAUUCCAGGCCCUUUCGCCGUUCCAUAUGCUGCCAGCAAAGCUGCGCUGGAAGGAUUCUACAGCUCCUUGCGGACAGAGCUGCGCCUUCGGAAAAUCGACAUGCCUAUCACAGUUGCCGUGUUGGGGUACAUUGACACAGACACAGCUGUGGGGUUUUUAGACGGCAAGAUCUCCCUGAAGGCAAGUCCGAAAGAGCUCUGCGCCCAGGCAAUUGUGAGGGGCGGCGUCAUGAGGGUGAGGGAAGUUUUCUAUCCUUACUGGAUCACGAAACCUGUGCUGCUCAUCAGAGAUUGGCUGCCAGGAGUCUUGGAGCAGAUCAUUGGCAACAGCUACUUUCUGGAGAAAAUCCUCUGAGAAUUAUUUGUGGGAUGAACGGAAAAGCUACGAGUUCCAGUGCUGCAAAACAUCCGGGGGGGGGGCUGCUUCCCAAUGCAU